GAUCCACCCGUACGGAUGCGUAGUGUUCGUAACAGCGUAGCUCGUACCUAUAUAUAUAAACGGAAAAGUAGAUUUCACUCUGUACAGUAUCUUCGUUUGUACCAAACUGGUCGCGCUCUGGGGCACAGAGACCAUAUGUAUUGGAACACAGUGAUUCUAAUGGCCUGGUCCUUGGCCACGGUCUCCGCCAUUUUGGAUUCCACCAGGAGUCAACGUUACUGGGAGGACACGAAACCCGAAGAAGCUGGUCGCUAUCAAAACGACAACAUGCUGAAAACCUAUAUGGUCAGAGGAGGAGGAAAUAAACAUUUCGUGACCUCCGUGUUUCCGGAAAUGGAUGCCAGAGGAUUUCAUGAAUAUGUUUUUGACGGACUACAGCCGGAUUUUCAGUGGCCGUCAAUUAAGUUUAAAAGGAACUAUUAUCCGCAAGGAAUUACGUCCAGAGGGUUCAGCGAUGAUAUUUUUCACCAAAGCUUUGGAAUGUUCGAGCCCUUAAAAAGGUCGGUGUCCAGAACGUCGCCGUCCGUUGCAAACAUGUUGCGGCGCCUGUACCCCAACGCCGGCGCCGGCGGCGUCAGACUGCGCCAGCCCGAGCACGCCGCCAGAACAGCCGCGGCCAAGCGCCGGCCAGAGAUGGACGCCAACGGGUUCCACGGCGAUUCGUUCACCGGCGGUUUCGACCGGUUCGACACGAUGAAGCGCAGGCCCGAAAUGGACGAGACCGGUUUCGAGGGCGACUCGUUCACCGGUUUCGGCGGGUUCGAGACCAUGAAGCGGGACGGCGGCGGCGGCGGCGACGACGGCAAGAACGCGGCGCGCCCCACCGGUCGUUCGUUCGGACAGGAGUAGCGGCGGCGGGCGGCAUUCUACCACCACUACCACCACCGUCACCGUCACCGUCACCGUCACUACCCCCAACGUCACUACCCCCAACGUCAACCCUCAGCAGGAGUACUCGUCGUCAUUGCAGUCGCCAUCGCCUCCGCCGCCGUCGUCGUUGUCGACGUUUUAUAAAACAUUAUAUAAUAUAAUACGAAAUACGAAAUUAUAAUAUACGUAUUUGUAGGCAGUAGAAAUCGCAUUAAAAUAUUACUAAAUAUUAUAGACACUUAUUUACCGUAGGCGGAAAUCGUGCGCACGACCAUUUCCAUAUGAGAGAGGCUGACAUAAAAAAAUAGUUAGGUUUUUCUAUUGACGGGUACUACUACUGCUACAGUACCCCAUUACGUGAUUUUAUCUGUCAAUAAAUACUUACCACUUUUAGUGACCUAUACGUUUCUAUAUGGAAAGUAUUUCUAAAAAAAAAAAAAUUUUAAAUAAAAUAUUUUCAAUCUUCGAGGGCUUUGCUAGCUUCGGGAGAAUCUAAAUCCACCCUCCCUGCACGAUUUCCGUCAAUGCUUAUUACUUUCAUUAUCAUUAAUAUUAUUAUUGCAAUUGAUUGAAACGAUGGACGAUCGGUGUGAUAAACGUGCGAUGUUAUACCUAUUAUAAUAUUAUACACAUAGUCACAUAGAUGUGUAUAAUGUGUCGAUAACUACAUUAUUAUAAACUAAUUUUUGUUCUAAAUUAUAAUCUGAAAUAAAUGAGAUAUGUAAACAUUUGUUGGUUUCUAUGGUGAAUACGGCGUGGCAAAAAAAAAUAAUUGUUCAAGAUGUCUUGAUAAGAGCUUAUGUUGUGUCAGAGAUGCGGAGGAAGAUAAUGUUGAUAAUAAACAAAUGAAAAUUUUUUUUUGCAAUCA